AUGCUCCGGCAUGGUCUGGGCCUGCACAGACGAGGGCCUCAGGCUUCGGACGUGCUACCUUCUCGCAUAGACAACCCAACAGCAAGCCUGCCGCCGUCUAUAGGUCCGACCGCCAUCGCCACUCCAGACCCCUCGGGCACCGCCGCCAUCGUCACCGCCGAGGCUGCUUCUGGCUUCACUACUAUCACAGAGACACAGACACUGGCAAAGAGCACCGACACGGGCAAGACCACAUUUACCACGGAAGUGACCAAGACCAUUACCAACUCCGCUGAAUAUGCCUCCAUCACAUCUGUGGCCGCAGCAGCGUCUUCUACAUCUACCACUCGCACGACUACAUCGACGACGUCGGCCGCCGCAACGAGCAGCGCAGCAGCCAAGCAAUCUAACUCGAAUCUUUCCACAAUCAUCCCAGCUAUUGUCGUCCCUGUUGCUGUCAUACUCGUGGCAUCGUUGGCUGUAUUCUGGUUCUUCAUGAGGCGGAGACAUAGAAGGGAGUUGCAAAGCCAGCCAGAGUUUGUUAUGACAGGCAAAGGAGAGAAGUUGCAUAGCCGCUCAAGCAGUAGCAGGUCUACCAAGUCGAACCCUGGGGCAUCUGAGGAGAAGAAACCACCCGUCGUUUUCCAAAAUGAGCUACCAUCCGCUAUAUCACCGCCAACGACAACGUCGGAGUGGCCGCCCACUCAGACUGGUGCCGCCCGACCACAGACACCUCGAGGACCCGGCUCUGCGGGGCACGAGCGGGCUCUUGAACAACAAAGAACUUUAACCGCGAAUUCCCCCUACAGAAACUUUAGAGGUCCAGGCCAAGGACUGCCAGACCAUGGUCCGCGACCAGCCACAGCUGGACGACCUGGGCCACCUGAUUGGGCCAGAGAUCAGGGGAGGAACAGGAACAGAAGUAACAGCACACCGGGGCAGAGGGAUCAACCACCGCCGCCAAGAUCAGGUCCUGGCCCAGUAUCCAGAAAAGCUCCGAGCCCAGUCCUUCGGAGUGGACCAAGCCCGGUACUUCCACAGAUGAGCCCAAAAGAUUCACCUCUACCUUCGUCCACAGCUUUUCGCUUCCGCGAUCCCUCCCCCACCAUGGACCACAGCAACCGGGCACAAGCGCCCUCACGCCUUGUAGCCCCACCACCAGGUGCGUUUAACGGUGCAUCUGCUAUCUCUCAAUACUCGCCUAUCGUGAAAGACACUCCAACGAUUCCGAAGGUGUUACCGAGCAAGCGCGCACCGCCACCGAUCAACACGGCACAUCCGCGAGAAGCCACCAGAUCACCGGCCUCUAAUAGCCCAGCUGGCCAAGGUCUCACAGAAGAGAACAUGCGCAUCGCGCGCCUAGCCAACUCUUCUCGCCUAGGUCAUGCUCCGGCGGCAGAGCCCAGUCCAUCUCCCAAACUCCCUCCACCGGCCACUCGCUCACAAUUAAUACCCCGAGAGAGCCCGAAGGAACACCAAGACCGCUUCUUUGGCGGCGGCGGAAACAGUCAGUCGGCGGGCCUGAGGACAGCUCUAUCGAGCCACCACCCCUCCAAACGAGCCAGCUUUGUGUCAGAUGCAGACGAGUAUGAAGACAUUGAUGCCAAGUCGGAUGUGAGCAGCCUGAAUGAGUUUGAACGCUUCGACUUUGGCACGGGCAUCGGGAGGGGUAGAGGCAGCCCCACCGGAAACUCCUUAACCUACUUCGCUGCAGCCAACAGUCCGGCCAGUGAAAGAGGGGGCGCGUUUGGGACAACAGGCAUUCAUGAACGCUGGUGA